CUCCGUCGUGACGUCAUGCCGUUGGUGAAAACGUGAUCAGCAGAUGCUGGUGAAGGCGAGCAAGGUUGCAGUGUAGUGGAGUUUUGUGCAGCAUCAUGGCGAGUGUGUUGUGCAGGAGGGUCAGGCAGGUGAGCCGCUCAUCUGUCGUUCACUCUUUGGCACAGAGGAUUCUGGCAGUUCGAGGGUUUUCAGCCGCAGGGUCAUCUGGAUCAGAUGAGCCCUAUAUUGCUUUACCAUCUCAAAAUACAGGUCCUAGAACAGUAUGGCCCGAUGAGGCGAUGGGUCCGUUUGGUCCUCAAGACCAGCGCUUUCAGCUGCCGGGGAACGUGGGUUUCGACUGUCACCUCAAGGGCACAGAGUUACAAAUGAGCGGCCCGGUUCACAAGACGGUCCCGGAUUUACUGAGUGUCCCAUCCAGCACAGAGAGACACGAGUUCAUCCUCGCACAGUUCAUCAACGAGUUUCAGGGUAAGGAAGCGUCAGUGGCGGUGCAGAGGGUCAGUAAAGCUGAACUGUACUUCAGUCAGUCUGAUGUGGAGUGUUCAAUGCGCUCGUGCCCAGAGCUGCUGAAGAAAGAGUUAGAGCUGUUUUUCCCAGUUCUGCCCACGAGUCCCAUCACUGUGGUCACUGUGACGCAGAAGAAGCAGGAACUGACCAGAGAUCAGCAGGAGCUGCUAGAUAACUUUGUGAGCGGUGCUAAAGAAAUCUGCUUCACCCUGUGGAGAGGAGGAUACUGGGCCGAUUUCAUCAAUCCACUGUCAGGAAAAGCUUUUUUCGCAGUUCAGACGCCAGACUCGAUUCUCCAGCAGGACGUUCAGCAUCACGCUGGUUUUCACAUUGAGGAUCUGGCAUCCUGUACGGUCAUACGACAUGUUUUAAAGGGCACGUCUACGUUUGUGCUCACGUUAAUCACUAAUGCACCUUCAAACAGUCUGAUCAUGGAGAAACUGCAAGGACACGCAGAGGACGGAGACUGAACGCACAUCUCAAAAAAAAAGACUGUUUCUUAAUAAUAAUAUAUGCGAGAAUUUUAUGACAAACUGCUGCUGUCGGCACAGAUUUAUUUAUAAAACACGAACACUGAGAGUCAAGUAGGUUUUUAAAUAAAUAGUCAGGUCUAAAACCACACGGUGCUUUACAAACAUCAGCCUUUAAGAGAACGGAUUCUUGGUAAAACGUCGUCUAGAGUCGGGACGUCUGAAAGAGAGAAACAUGUAUUUUUUCAGUUUAAGGCCCACGCUGCAUCUGCACUGUGAUGAAUUCAGCUCAUUAUGUAUGUGGUCUGAUUUUGAAUGAAUAAAGUUGAUUUCUCACCCAGA